AUGCGCUUUUCAGUUCUUGCUAACGCCGCCUUUGCCAGCUCGGCACUGGCAAUCCCCUCCUCACUCAACUCGGCCAUUGCUCCCCGUCAAGAGGGUGCAUGCCUGACCAGGGCCGAAGCCAAAGAGAUCGUGGACAUCUACGUCCAACUGAUCGCCAACUACACGGACGAGGUUUGCGCCAAGUACUGCGCCUCGGACUUUGUCGACCGAUCCGAUAGCAUCAACACCUUCAUCUUCACGCCCCUCGGGCAGCCGACCUUUGCGACCAAGGAGAUCUUCAUGGCGGCGCAGAACGCGAACCCGCCCUUCCCCGUCGUCGUCGACAGCAUCGAUGCCGUUGACUGCGAAGCCGGCAUCACCAUCAUCGGCACCACCAAGCGUGAGGGAUAUGCGCAGAUCAAGAGCCUCGAUGUCGAGUUCAACAGCUUGAUCUGGCUCCUCAACAUGGGUGGCAACUACACUUGGGAGGGUUAG